AGUUUCGCUCGAGAUCUCUUGGCGUACGCUUCAAGAUCCACCUGGAAAUCGUGUUGCUUCGUGGAUUUUUAGCCAACAGGUGGUUCGCGCUGUCUUUUUUACCUUUCAAGGCUUAGAUUCCUUGACUCAGUGAUGUUGUUAGUGUAUAAAUUCGUAUUUGAACGUUUUCACUACCUUAACUGAGUGACGCUAAAUAACUAAUAAUUUAUUGAAAUUCUUUAAAACAAUUAUAUGUUAACCAAUCUUUAUAAAACGAAAAUAUUCAGAACUUAUACAUUUUGUUGAAUCUUUGAUGCUUAUAAUGGAUAUACAGACAUCGACACAUCAUAUCCAUGGGCUCGGAACACAUGAGCUCCAACAUCGUAUUUUACAUCCACACAUUCUACAUUCAACUCAAGAAGAAACCCUUAAUACAAGUACAGGCCAGCUAGAGCACGAUUCCCAACAUCUGCAACAACAUCACCUCACUCAUCAUCAGCAACAGGACGUUUCACCGACUUUGCACAAUUUACAAAACACCCGCACUGGUGAUAGCCUGAGCACUACUAUUAAUACAAAUCAAAAUCAACAUGGUCAUCAACAUCUUUCCGGAAGUAACAUGUAUACCUCGUCUCAAAUGGAAGAUAAGUCAAAAGCGAACAAGUAUGAUGAGUAUUCAAGCCGGACACUGAGCAACAUUUCGGAUGCCAAUACGACGCCAUCUGCAAACAAUUUCAUAACACAAUCCCAAGGAAUAGAGUGGAUAACAGCCAUGAAUGAUAUUCAAAACGGGGCAGAAGACUCACACAGUUCGCAGGGCAGUAUUUCGGGUGAUGGUCAUGGAGGCGUUAAUCAACUUGGUGGCGUAUUCGUUAAUGGUCGCCCACUUCCCGAUGUCGUUCGUCAGCGUAUUGUGGAGCUGGCCCAUAAUGGGGUCCGCCCAUGUGACAUAUCACGUCAAUUACGUGUUAGUCACGGUUGUGUGUCUAAAAUACUUUCAAGAUAUUAUGAGACUGGUAGUUUUAAAGCUGGUGUUAUUGGCGGGUCCAAACCUAAAGUGGCCACUCCCCCGGUUGUAGAUGCAAUAGCAAACUAUAAACGCGAAAAUCCCACAAUGUUUGCUUGGGAGAUACGAGAUCGACUUUUGGCAGAAGCUAUAUGCUCCCAAGAUAAUGUUCCCAGCGUUUCUUCGAUAAACCGAAUUGUAAGGAAUAAAGCCGCCGAGAAAGCCAAACACGUACAUCAUCACCAGCAGCAUCAUGUUUCUCAGAGUCUGGGUGGGGGGCAUAUUGCCACGGAAAGUGUUGACAGCAGCACAGGAACAAUCGGAGAACCGCAGCCACCAACUAGUAAUAGCAGUGCUAAUUCUGUAAACACAAACGUAUCGGCGUCGGCGAGUGUACACGCAUCUAUUCCAACGUCUGGCACUGAUUCUGUCCAAGUUUCAGUCGGUCAUAUCAAUGCCAAUAGCAAUGAAACCACCCAUAUAAACUCAACGGCUGAACAAAGAACGACUGGAUAUAGCAUAAAUGGAAUAUUAGGAAUACAACAUGGACACCAUUCUCACAACAACAAUAACAACAGUAGCGUAAACAAUAACAAUAAUACGGAAUCAAGUUGUAAACGCAAAAGAAUUGAAGCACAUGAUGAGAACCAUGACACAAAUAUACAUUCCGAUAAUGAUGAUGGAAAACGGCAACGUAUGUCAACGUACAGUGGCGAUCAACUUUAUACCAAUAUUUGGUCAGGAAAAUGGUGUAUAAAAGAUGACCAUAAGCUACUUGCCGAGCUAGGCAAUUUGACAGCAAGCACCGGAAAUUGUCCCGCAACCUACUAUGAGGCAUCGAACGGAUUUUCAACAACCCCGAUAUCAGGAUCUGGUGCCACAGCAUCUGGCAACGAUACGUCUAUGCUUUACGACAGUAUUACAACGAUUUCGCAAACUCAAAGUUCCAUUUAUACACCAGCAAUCGGACCUUCCAUUGGAACAGGUUCGCUUACCCCGUUAGUUCCUAUUAGUAUGCAUGAAAUGAAGCUUAGCGCAAAUUCAAUUCAGGAACAAACAGUCCCUCCCUUUUACACAGCUCUAGCAUUUGACGGAAACUACACAUCAAUGACCAGUUUGGAAAAUUGUUCAUCCUUAGUCGGGCAAGAACACAUUGUAAUGCCAGAAAGCUCGGAUUCGAAUACCCUUUGCCCGAUUAGUACUAGGAUAGUGCCAGACAUUACGGAAACUAAUAGUACUCGUGUUAAGGAACCCCUGACGAAUAGUGAUGGAUGCAGCGAAGAUAAUAAUAAGGAACCUGAAAAGUCUAACUCUUCGCAAUCCAGUGAUCAUAUUGCCUCGCCACAUCUACAUCAUAUAGGAGAAGAGCAAUUGAGAGGAAAUAGACGAUCAAACUUAAACGCAAGCACGCAUCCAUCUUCUCUAAUACCUCUGCAGCCGAGCGGAGGAUCAUCGUUACUAAAUAUCAACCCGUCUGAAAAUCGAUCAGAUGUUGAGCUCAAUCUAAGUAAUAACGUAGGCCUUUAUUCAACACCAACAGUGCUACCAAGUUUUAAUCACUACUCCGCAGGCUGCAGCUCAGUUGUACCCGGUUCAGAUUACGCCUACAAUCCUGCAUAUACCCAGUAUGGUGGAGCUUACGGAUCAUAUGGUUACGGCACUGGCAGUGGCUUGAUAAAUUCGUCCUACUACUACGAGAGCGGACAAACACAAUCACCAUUAACACACGAUCUGCGUUCACCUUUAGUAGCAACACGCGCGAACUCUCUAGCAUCAGCUGCAUCACCCGGAAGCGGAAGUGCGUGCACAAAAUCCGAAUCAUCGGAUAUUUUUCUUGCUUAAUUAAGCUUAAUAUAAAUAGUGAGUAUCACAACACAAAUAAUACAUCAAAUUUUAUUAACAUUUACAUAAUUGAUUCAUGUUGAAAUAUUACAAUUUUGUUAAAGUAUUUCUCAGUGUUUCUGUUUGCUGUAAAUACUCACACCAGUAUGAUUUAUAAUGAAUCAAAUUAUACCAAAUCUUAAAAUAAAGUACACUUUGAUUAAAAUUCAAGAUUGAAUGAGAAGAAUUUAUAAUUUUUCUAGAAAAAUGCAUUUAUAAGAAUUUUAAUUAGAAUGAUUUGUAUACUUUAUAACCAGUUUUUCUUUCUCUGUCCAAUAAAAACGAGACUAGAGAAUAUUUAAGUAUAUAACAAGAACAAACAUCACUACAUGUGAAAAACAAAAUCUGUGCAAAAAGAUUCGCAUUUAUUAAUAAAUUUAGGUUACAAUAUAAGCAGGUAUAUUUAUAAGAGCAAGGAAUAUGAAAUAUUACAAAAAUAGUAAACCACUCAACUACAUACCUAUGAAACCAAAAUGUCCAUUACGGCAAAAUCAACCAAAAAUGUUAGAACAAAAGUUUAAAAAACUUCCAAAAUAUAUUUUUAGCUUAAUAUUGUUAAGCUACAAAAGUAUAAGAAUUAAUAUAAAAAUGUAAAUAAAUAAAUGACAAUUAUAAAAUAUUUUUGAGUCAAUAAACGCGCAAACUUGAAAGCCUACAUAAUUUAUACUCGGUGCGCAUACUAAAAACUAUGUUAUUAACUAUAAUAUAAAAUGAACAUGGAGUCAAUUAAUCCAUGAACUGCAAUAACAUAUUUUCACUUUAUUUCUAUUAUACUUAUUUUAAAAAAAAAAGGUGAAAUACUUUGAUUGUUAAAAUAAAAUAAAAAUAACUAAGGCGAAUAGAAAUUUUGUGUAAACCUUAUCACACACGGCUUUAUUGCAAGCAAUUCUUCUUUUCUAAAAUAACUUUAGCUGAAAAUAUAGCUUGGCAUUUUUUAUUCUUCAAAAAAUAUCUAAGUGGCAUGGUAAUUCGGCUACCGUAGAAGCCUUGUGCGUACACAAUGCGUGGUUUUCUUGGCCUUUGUAAGAUACACAUCAAAAAUCAAAAACCUGUAACAUUGUUUCAAGACAUAAUGCCCAACCAACUAGAUUAAAAAUAUAUAAAUGUUUAUAUAGGAAAGCACAAACCAAAUUUUUAUGUAUUUAGACAUAAACAUCUACAUAUAUCUUAAUAAAUUGAUAAGUUAAGCAAAUUAUAUAAAUAAUUUUUAGCUUUAUUGCUCUAUUAUACAACGAUCAGGGGAGGCAGCCCAGGGUAAAAACAACAUUUAUUUAUUUAUUUAUAAUUUAUUUUUUACCCUGCUUGCUGUAUUAAGAGCGCUGUAGUUAAGUACGUUACCUAUUACAACCCAACACUCUGCCUUUUGUGGACAUUACAGUUGGGGAAUUCGAAGUCGUGUGAGCAGCUAAAACAGAAGGGAAUGAAACCAGGAAUUAUACGUAUGUCAUCUCUUACUCUGGGUUCAAAAAAUAGAUUCAAACAAUAUAGCAGCAGCGAACUCCUGCUGAAUUUUGAAGCUAAACGAAGCAGCCUAAAACAAAUCAUCUACUUGAGUGGAACACCGCUAAAUGGUUUUUCCGGUUCAAAGCUAAAGUGACUUACGGAUGGUUAAUGUGAUGUAGUGUAGUGUGGUUUUAGGGUUUAACUUAAAUGUUAAUGGGCAUUGUCGCUCAUGGUCGUGUAGGUUUUGAUAACUUAACAAUUUCUGUUCAGAGCUCGUUGUUAGUCAUUUGUUGUCUGUUAAAAGCAAGUAGCUGAUUAUAUUCCCCUCCAGACUUUGAAAAAAGUUUUUUAUAAGAAAUAAAGUGUAGCUCUGAAUACCCUUUC